GUAAUCGAUACCAGAUCACCGGGAGGGAGGCGGCAAUGUUUUCAUGCCUUCUGACAAUCUGGCCAGCUCACUCUGCUAUGGCACCCGUAAUGUCGCAGACUAACAAUUCCCAUCCCGUUUAAAUCACUUGAGCAAAACGAGUGCGUUUUGCUUCUCCUGCUUUUAUUUGCCCAGCAUUUCUACCUGAAUCGGCCAUGACUGUAGAGCAGAAUGUCCUCCAGCAGCAUUCUCAAAAGCAUCAGCAGACACUACUAAACCAAUUACGAGAAGUCACAGGCACCACAGAUGUUCAACUCCUUCAACAGGCCUUGCAGGUGAGCAAUGGAGACCUGGCUGAGGCUGUGGCCUACCUGACAGAGAAGAAUGCCAAGAGUCCACAGCAAGACGAGACCACCUACUAUCAGACUUCCCAGGUGUCCAAUGACCGAUAUAUAAGCGUGGGCAGCCAAGCAGACUCAAAUGUCAUUGACCUGACCGGAGAUGAUAAAGAUGACCUUCAGAGAGCAAUUGCCCUCAGCCUGGCAGAGUCCAACCGGGCAUUCCGGGAGACCGGCAUAACCGAUGAGGAGCAGGCCAUCAGCAGAGUUCUGGAGGCAAGCAUAGCAGAGAACAAGGCAAGUCUGAAGCGCACCCAUACGGAAGUAUGGAGCGAUUCGCCCAACCCACAUGACAGGAAGAGGAUAGACAACUGCCCCGUAGGCUUGAAAAAUGUUGGCAAUACCUGCUGGUUCAGUGCCGUCAUUCAGUCUCUGUUCAACCUUCUGGAGUUCCAGCGACUGGUGCUUAACUACUCCCCACCAGCCAGGGUUCAUGAACUGCCCCGAAACCAGAAGGAACACAGAAACCUUCCCUUCAUGCAAGAGCUGAGGACCCUCUUCUCCCUCAUGGUUGGGUCCAAGAGGAAAUAUGUGGAUCCGUCACGGGCAGUGGAAAUCCUCAAAGAUGCCUUUAAGUCCAGUGAGUCACAACAGCAGGAUGUGAGCGAGUUCACACACAAGCUUCUGGACUGGCUGGAGGAUGCCUUUCAAAUGAAGGCUGAAGAAGACGGAGACGAGGACAAGCCAAAGAACCCGAUGGUGGAGCUUUUCUACGGGCGAUUCCUUGCCGUGGGUGUCCUGGAAGGUAAAAAAUUUGAGAACACCGAGAUGUUUGGCCAGUACCCGCUGCAGGUGAACGGCUUCAAGGAUCUCCACGAGUGUCUUGAGGCAGCAAUGAUCGAAGGGGAGAUUGAAUCCCUGCACUCUGCAGAGAAUUCUGCCAGGUCUGGACAAGAGCACUGGUUCACAGAACUCCCUCCCGUGUUGACCUUUGAGCUUUCAAGAUUUGAGUUUAAUCAAGCGCUUGGACGGCCUGAAAAGAUCCACAACAAGCUGGAGUUCCCCUCCAUGCUCUUCAUGGACAGAUACAUGGACAGAAACCGAGAAAUAACCAGAAUCAAGAGAGAGGAAAUCAGGCGGUUAAAAGAGCAUUUGACUCUGCUCCAGCAGAGAUUGGAAAGGUAUCUGAGCUAUGGGUCCGGCCCCAAGAGGUUUCCUCUGGCAGAUGUCCUCCAGUAUGCAAUGGAGUUUGCCUCCAGUAAGCCUGUAUGCACCUCGCCUGUCGAAGAUAUCGACUCAUCAGCCCCUCCUGGUGGCACAACUGGACUACAACUGCCCCCUCCCAGCAGCUCGGCCGAGCAGGACUCUUCGGCUUCGGCGGAGAGCUCAGGCUCAGGCUCAGGCUCUGCCUCGGGCACGGCGGCCCAGCAGCAGAGAGCGCCCGUCCACAAGCCGUUCACCCAGUCCAGACUACCUCCUGAUCUCCCCAUGCACCCCGCACCACGCCACAUCACUGAAGAGGAAUUGAGGGUGCUUGAGGGAUGCCUGCAUCGAUGGAGGAGCGAAGUUGAAAAGGACACCCGCGAUCUACAGGAGAGCAUAAAGAGAAUCCUCAGAACCAUUGAGCUGAUGUACUCGGACAAAUCAAUGAUGCAGGUUCCUUACCGGCUUCAUGCAGUCUUGGUCCACGAAGGCCAGGCGAACGCAGGUCACUACUGGGCCUACAUCUACGACCCACACCAGCGUUGCUGGAUGAAGUACAACGAUAUCGCCGUUACGAAAUCCUCCUGGGAGGAGCUUGUGCGGGACUCAUUCGGAGGCUACCGCAACGCCAGUGCCUACUGUCUCAUGUACAUCAAUGACAAGAAGCCCUUUCUCAUAGAAGAAGACUUUGAUAAAGAAACUGGCCAGGUACUGAGCGGCAUGGACAAACUUCCGCCGGACCUGAAGCAGUAUGUCAAGGGGGACAAUGAGCUCUUUGACAAGGAGAUUGUGGAGUGGAAUGCACUGCAGGCUCGGAAGGCCCAACAGGAAAAGUUGGCUUUCGCCGCGGCUGCGGCAGCGGCUGCGGCAGCGGCCUCGACAGCGUCCAGCGCCUCCUCACCUCAGCCCAUGAGUAUUGAUUGCAGCCCUCCAGACAAUGCAGCACUCCAGCAGGAUCCCGAGUACAUGGAGCAGCCGUCGCCCACCAGUGACUCCAAACAUCUCCAGGAGGACACGGAGAGGGCCAUUUCCAGGGCGAGUGCUGAACAGGAGGAGAGAAGCCCCGAAGCACUGUUAAAUGCCCCUGAAGUCCACUUGAGCACCCCCCCAAUCCCAAGUCCUGAUUUUGUCAUGGAGGACGAUUCCCCUGUCCACCACACCGUAGAGGUGGCCAUUCCCGAUGUGGGGACCUUUGUCAUUGAGUCAAAAGAAGGGGGGUACGAUGAUGAGUUCCUGCUUCCCGGGCAGGCAAUGAUGACCCCAAACAUGCAGGGUGUAAUUAUGGCUAUUGGCAAAUCCAGCAGAGUAUAUGAAAAGAAUGGGCCUGAGGCAGCCUUUUUUAAGGCACUCAAAUUAGAAUACGCUCGACUCGUGAGGUUCGCCCAAGAAGACACUCCCCCAGGGAAGGACUACAGACUUCAUCACGUCAUUGUCUACUUCCUCCAGAACCAGGCACCCAAGAAGAUCCUUGAGAGGACUUUACUCACUCAGUUUGCUGACCGGAACUUGGCAUUUGAUGAGAGAUGCAAAAGUAUUAUGAAUGUGGCACGUGCAAAACUGGACCUAAUUAAGGCCGAGGAGGUCAACAUGGAUGAGUAUGAGAUAUGGCAUCAAGACUACAGGAACUUCCGAGAAACAACCAUUUUUAUGAUAACCGGCUUGGAGCUCUUCCACAAGACAAAUUAUGUGGAGGCGCUGAUAUAUCUGAUAUACUCGUACCAGUACAACAAAGAGCUUUUGUCCAAAGGAGCGUACAGAGGACACGAUGAGGAGUUCCUUGGUCAUUACCGUCGCGAUUGUUUGCUGAAAUUAAACGAGCAAGCGGCAGCCAUGUUUGAGUCCGGAGAGGAACCAGAGGUGACCACUGGUUUGGGAAUCAUGAAUGAGUUGGUGGUGCCCUGCAUCCCCUUGCUGCUGCUCCAUGACACCGAGAGGGACCUGCUGGCAGUGGAAGACAUGAGGAACCGCUGGUGCUCUUACCUGGGUCAAGAAAUGGACUCCAACCUCCAAGAAAAGCUGACUGACUUCCUCCCCAAGUUACUGGACUGCUCGACGGAGAUCAAAAGCUUCCACGACCCCCCCAAGGUGCCCGCCCACUCCACCUUGGAGCUGUGUGAAAGAUUCGGCCGCAUCAUGACCACACUCUGCAAGGUGGCCAACCACGGGAGAUGAGCUCUGCAGAUGGAACCUCUCUCUCUCUCCCUCUCCCCCCUUAGGCUCAAAAAUCCCAUGGACCUCUCUUAACCCAUGCCUUCCUUUAGAAAUCCAGGGCUCACUUGCUUUCUAGCGCUUAUUCCUCUGUUACUCUUUUGCUGCCAUUACCGAUAUUUCAUUUAUUCUACGCAAAAAAAAAACCCAACAGAGGAGGUUUAAUGGGGAGAGGACAAAGUGGACUGUUUUUGGAGGGAAGAUGAAAAGCGAAAUGUGGGUGGAGCACAAAAAAAGCGACUAUUCUGCAGCUAAAAGCCAAGCACAUUCAGUAUCAGCUUUGCGAGACAACACAAAUUUGGGGGUGCUCCUAGUUUACAAGUGUUGUCAGCGUCCCCCCGACCGACCGACCGACCGACCGUGUUACAAAGCUCUUUUUUUCAAAGCAUCCGCCGUCUCUGCGUGCAUAAAAAGGUUUGUCUGCCUGCUCUGCCUCCAGCUUGGUGCAGUAUUACUACCAUUUGAUUCAUUUUUCUAAGAAUGAAAACGAUGAAACUUAAAGAAACUCUCAGUAACUCAAGCGGCUCUUAUGUAUUUGUGGGCUGCUCCACGAUUAGAUGGUUUAAGUGCUGUGGUGGCCAGCCAUGGACUCUCUCUCUGUGGCUUGUUAAUAAAUCCAUAGAAUAAAGUUUUAUUUAUGGCCCUUUUAGGCCAAAUA